CAUUUUGCAGACGGGGCUGCACUUUUUGUUUUCUUCUUUUUUUUUCUCACAGAACUUUUGAACUCGGAAACAUGAUGGAGAUGUAUUUAAUUUCAACCAUUUUAGCAAUCAUUGUCAUGAUCCCAUUCGUUCUGAAAACUUUCUACCCCUACGUUUGGAUGGAUAUUCUGUACUUUAGAGAUAUUGUGCAGAUUUUAGUGAGGUUUUUGUCGAGGCGCAGAAGGAGACCUCUCUUCUUUGUUUUGGACCGUUUCUUGGAGCAGACCUCUGCACAUCCAGACAAACCUUUCAUUGUGUUUGGAGAUGAGAGCUUCACUUACGCCUCUACGGAUAAAAAGAGCAACAAAAUAGCUCACGCGCUGCAGUCUCAGCCCGGGUAUCAAGCUGGGGAUACCGUCGCGCUUUUUAUGGGGAAUGAACCCGACUUCCUAUUCACCUGGCUGGCUUUAGCUAAACUCGGCUCCCCUGUUGCUCUGCUCAACCACAACAUCCGUACCAAGUCUCUGCUGCACUGCUUCAACUGCUGCAAGGCCAAAGUGCUGAUAGCAGCCGCAGAGCUAAAAGGGGCAGUGGAGGAUGUGCUGCCUACUCUGAUAGAGCAGGACGUCACCGUCCUCCUGAUGACUGACCACUGCGACACACCUGGAAUAGAAAACCUCUCUGAUAAAGUGGAUGAGGCAUCAGACGUCCCACUCCCACAAUCCCUGAGAGCGCACCUCACGUUCAAAAGCCCUGCAGUCUAUAUUUACACCUCAGGAACGACAGGUCUCCCUAAAGCCGCUGUGGUCAAUCAGAAUCGCCUCCUGAUAGCUUUAGCUGUUUUAUCCUCUAACGGCGUAUCAUCCAGUGACGUCAUCUACGUCAACCUGCCUCUGUACCACACCGCUGGUUUUAUCGUAGGCUUUAUUGGAGCCAUCGAGACAGGGUCUACUAUCAUCCUGAAGAAGAAGUUUUCAGCCUCUCAGUUUUGGGAUGAUUGCAGGAAACACAGUGUGACUGUUGUCCAGUACAUAGGAGAGGUGAUGCGUUACCUCUGCAAUACACCAAAGAGAGACAAUGACCGGGAACAUAAAGUCAGACUGGCCAUUGGAAACGGCAUCAGAGCUGAAAUAUGGAGGGAGUUUCUCAAUCGCUUUGGAAACAUUGAAGUCAGAGAGUUUUAUGCCUCCACUGAGGGAAAUGUGGGGUUUGUCAACUACACUGGGAAAAUUGGAGCAAUUGGAAGAGUCAACUUUUUGCACAAGAAACUGUUUCCUUACACCCUGAUCAAGUACGACACAGAGAGAGAUGAACCUGUCCGAGAUGGUAACGACCUCUGUGUGGAGGCACCCAUAGGUGAAACAGGACUACUGGUGUGUAAGAUCACAGACAUUGCUCCUUUUGUGGGCUACGCCCAGAAUGAAGAGCAAACUGAGAGAAAAAGACUGCGAAAUGUUCUUAAGAAAGGAGAUCUUUACUUCAACAGUGGCGACUUGAUGAGGAUCGAUGAAGAAAACUUCAUUUACUUUCAGGAUCGCGUUGGUGACACCUUCAGGUGGAAAGGUGAGAAUGUAGCUACAACUGAGGUCUCUGACAUACUGACGCUGAGUGAUUGUCUGAAAGAAGCAAACGUUUAUGGAGUCCAAGUUCAAGGACAUGAAGGGCGGAUAGGAAUGGCAGCAGUCACUGUGAAGGAGGGAGUCCAGUUUGAUGGAAGUAAGAUUUAUAACCACGUGGUCAGCUACCUGCCCUCAUAUGCCCGCCCUCGCUUCAUAAGAAUACAGAAUGCAGUGGAGCUGACGGGGACUUUCAAACAGAUGAAGUUGAAGCUAGUGGAGCAGGGCUUUGAUCCAGGACGUAUACAGGACCCUCUUUACAUCCUCAUUGACUCUGAGAAGACUUACAUACCUCUGACAGCUCAGGUGUACGACUCCAUCAUGUCAGGAGACAUCAAACUAUGAGGAGGAUGUUGGUUUCCUCAAACUGUGCAGACUGGCUGCUUUGGCAAUUUCAAUUUUUAGCUCAGUGACCGAACAUAUCUCCUUUUUUUUAUAAAUACUGUUUUUAUUCUGAUGAUAACAUGGAGGCAGACAUAUUUCAAUAAAAUAAGUAGUUUGGAAUCAACAGUUAGGGGUCACUGUAAGUGUAGAUAAAUGUAUAUUUUUAUGAAAAGUAAGGUUAUCUAUCAUAUACUCACUGAUUAGUUUAUUAAGUAUCCCAGUUAAUCUGCUUAUUACUUACUCAUUUAGGCAUGUAAACACAGUCAAGAUGUUGUGCUUAAGUUCAAACCGAGUAUCAGAAUGGAGAUAAAAGGCAAUUUAAGUGGUUGUUGGUGGUCUGACAGGCUUUUAUGUUAUUUACACCAUAUUCUGUCACUACCAGUUUGAUGAGAAUCUGAGACUCAUAAGAUCAGGCAGAGUUUCUCCAAUCUUCUGUUGUCUAAUUUUGGUGAGCCUGAGAGAAUUGUAGCCUCAGUUUCCUGUUCUUAGCUGACAGUUGUCAGACCUGGUGUGGUCUUCUGCUGCAGGAGCCCGUCGGCUUAAAAGUUCAUCAUGUUGUGCAUUCAGUCACUCUUUUUGCAUACCUCUGCUGUAACGAGUGACUAUUUCAGUUUAUUGACUUUCUGUCAGUUUGAACCCACUGGUCAUUCUCUUCUGACCUCUGCCAUCAACAAAGAUGAGACAACUGCAGAUCCAGAGAACUGCAGAUAUUUCUCUCUUUUUUCACCCUUCUCUGUAAACUCUAGAGAUUGCUGUCCUGGUGGAUUGGCAGUUUGUGAAAUACUCAGACCAGAGCAUCAGACACCAACGACAUGGCAGUCCCUUAAAUCAUGUCUCCCCCUCUCUGAUCCUCUGUUUGAAUUUCAUCUUAUCAUCCUAAUCAUGUCAGCAGGACUAAAUACAUUGCCAUGUGAUUGGCUUAUUAGAUUUUUUGUGGUAAUGAGCUGCUGAAUAGGUGUACCUGAUAAACUGAUCAGUGAAAGCUAUAUUCAUUUACAUGACAGCUGCUUGUACUCAAUUUAAGAAAAUACUUUUUUAAAGAAAAAAAACUAUAAAACAAUGAAUGGUUACUUUCUCUCUUUUGAAUACCUGAUAUACUUUAUGGAAUUAAUUUCCUUUAAAGAAAGACAAGGAUGGCGGUUAAUGAUUUUUUAGAUUUUUAGGCAUGGAUUGUAUGUUUUAGUGCAAAUAUCUAUACAUU